AUGUCAAUAGAUAGUGAUGAUGAGGAUAUCACUGGAUUGUCUGAUAUAUUCGUAGUCAGCGAUGCUGUUGAAGAUUACAAGUACACCUUUGCAGAUGACCUAACACUUACAAUCAAAGGACAAGAACUACAGAAUCAGAAUAUACAACCAACUACUGGUCUGUUACCAUGGCCUGCAGCAUCUAUACUUGGUCAUUAUAUUGCAUUCAAUCGUAAACAAUUUGUGGACAAGACUGUGCUGGAAUUGGGUACAGGCGUUGGAGUAUGUGGAUUGGCCGUAUCAAAGUUUGCUCGUACAACCGUGAUGAGUGAUGGAGAGCAGUCUACUUUCGAACAACUUGAACUCAACAUUGACAACAACAAACAUCUUUACAUGACGAGACCAACUGUUGUACAUCUGGGGUGGGGCAACAACAGUACAUUGGAUACAAUCAAACAGAGCUAUGGUGGCAAUCACUUUGACAUCAUCAUUGGAUCGGACUUGGUCUACUUUGACGCAUCUAUCGAGCCCCUAUUCUACACAGUUAACCAACUUCUCAGUGGCGAACCUGGAUCCUCAUUCUAUUUGUCAUUCUUGGACAGAAAGAAUCAUCUUCCAACUGUGGAGAGAGUAUCCACCCAUUAUAAGUUCAAUAUGACAUCAGUGCCAAUCUCUACAUUCACAAAGGAUACAACUGUGUCUACAAUGGCCAAGAUGUUCAUAUUCACGAGACAAUAA